AUGAGCUGCUUCGUCGUCGCGACGAGCGCCGCGACCGCGGCGUCGACGUCCGCGUCGGCGCGCGGGACCCAGCGCGAAUGUCGCGCCACGACGAGCGCGCGCGCGAGGGCGGCGGGCUUCGGAUUCGCGCCGCCGCCCUCGUCUCGCGUCGUCGCAGACGGCCGCCACCGCCGAAUCGCGGGGGGGAGAAGAAUGGAAGAAUCCUCCUCUUCCCGCGCCCUCGCGCCGCCGCGCGCGUCCACGUUCAAGGACGACAUCGACAGCGACGCGCUCUUCGACGACGACGACGAGUACCCCGGCCUCGCGCCGUCCGAGGGCGGCGCGCUCGACGCGGUCUCCCUCACCCCCGACCAGCGCGCGUCGCGCGUCGCGGAGAGAACCCCGGGCGGCGGCGGGUUCGGGUUCGACGACGACGAGCUCCUCGACGACGUCGACGCGUCCGGGUUCGACGCCGUCGUGGCGGGCGGCGGCGGAGUUGGCGGAGUUGGCGGCGGGCGCGGCGGCGCGGACGAUGAGGAGGACGACGGGUGGUUCUCUUCGAAGUCGUCGGCGGCGCAGCCGUCGCCGUCGCGAUCGACGACGACGACGACGACGCGAGACGACGGCUCCAGGGGCGGGCUUCCGAGGUGGGCGGACGACGCGGACAUCAUAUCCGCCGGCGACGGCGCGCCGUGGUUCGAGAACGACGAGGAGUGGUACGAGCCGGAGUACAAGGACGUGGACGCCGCGGAAGGGAGCGUACUGGAGAUGGUGCAGCGGUUGCACCUGCGCCGGCCGAAAGAUUACAACUUCGAGGACGGCGAGUACUUCGACCUGACCGGGUUCGUGAAGGACAACACGGACAAUCAGUUCGCGCUCGUGCUCGAGGUAGCGGAGCGGGCUCGCGAGCGGAAGCUCGAGUCCCUGGAGGCCCUGAACCCGAUCCCCCCGGGCGCGGCGUUGCCGCCGAUUCAGCAGGCCAUCGUGGACCUCGCGUUGGAAGUGGAGGCGAGCGGCGGGAAAACGUCCGCAUUUCUGGCGUUACGCGAAGCCGCGGACCGAGCGCGGCUGCGAUGGGAGCUCCAGGAGGCGGCGUGGGCGUGGGAUAACUACUGCGAGGAGUUCAUGCCCGAGCUCGGCGUGAGCGAGAGAGCGGCGAGGUUGCUGCACAUGGGUCGACGCGUGGAGGACGCGAUGGAUUUCGAGAAGGAUCUCGCGACGCACAACGACGACUACAACAUGCGGAAGUUUUGA